UUCUUGGAAAUUACAGGAAAUUUUCUUCUGCUCCCAAAAUAAAAAGCAUUACCAGACUCCAUUCUUCCUCUGUCUUCAAAUUAUUUUUCUUUUUCUCUGAUUGACUUCUAGCUUAAUGCCCAUAGUCACAAUGGCUGUAUUGGAAGAGCUGCCCGUAAAGCAGAGAGCUCCAAAAGGCAACAUUAUUGAGCGAUUGUUAUUCGACUGCCCACUGGAAAAUGCCCGCUCAUGGACCAGGGAGUCCAGCGUCACCAGUGGCCAUUUUUUCCAAAGAAUUCGAUUAUACUAUGGCGUCAAAAUUGGAUACGCCAGUGGAGGUUUCGCUGCUGUGUGCAUGUCAUACUUGAAUACCAAUUUGAUAAUAAUUGCAUCCUUGCCCCAUAACUUUCGGAUUCAGCUUCCAAACAGAUCCUUAAAUUUGCAUUUGCCAAUUGCAACGUGUCAUCUUCAGGAUUAUUGGGCUUACAACUCGGUUGUAGUUAAUUUAGAUGUGGCUGAACCAUCUUCCAACCAACAACAUCAACGUCAGAAUUUACUGGCAGCUGUUGGUGAUUCAAGUGUCAACAAGUCUUCGGGCAUCCGUUCUUUCCAAUCAUGCGUAGUUAACACUUUAAAAAGCUUGCGCCAUCUACCUCUUUCUAGUUAUAGCAACACUAGAGGAGACAAGAUCCCUAAGCAGGCUGGAGUUGGCAAGUUCAAAGACCUAACGAAGAAUAACUUCAAAUGUUCACCAGUACAUGCUUCUUGGAAUGAGAAGGGAAGAUCGCGUUUAAAUAAAAAUUCUGCCCUCAAAGUGAAGAAAGAAUAUGUUCUAUUGCCCGCGGCUGCUCUAUUAGCUACUGUUUUGUUUACGGCAGCUUGCCGCUUCCCGCGCUUCAUUACCAAGGCUAAUUACAUCUAUGACUAUGAUACAGGUCGAAUAGUUCACGAGGAAAGAGAUUCCACUACUAUCACGUCAUCAUUCAUAUUAUUUAACUCAACGGGUUUCAUAGCAUCGUUAGCCAUUGUUAUCUCCAUUCUACGCGGUUUUCCAUUGAAACCAUGGCCUCAAAUCUCAGUAUCUAUGUUGUUUGGUUCCUACAUGUGCUUGAUCAUGAAAAUAUUACCACUGGAAUCCUGGCUUAUACUCUUCCUUUCCGUCCCAUUACUACUAUUAGCAGCUGCUGGAAAACUGUGUGACUUUGGUCAGUAGACUUUUACCGUUCUGCUACUAGUUUAACAACCCAGGUACUUUAGAUAUCAUGGUUGUUUCUUAAGUGUUUUCUCUGUUAAAUUUAGAUUCAGUGUAUCUCAUGUGUAUCACAUUUGCAGAAUUAAGGAAGAUGAGGACCAUAACGGGCCUGCUUUGUUCCUUCUCAUUCUUCUGUUUUUGCCAUUUCCAAGUAUUAUUGCUUAGGUGCUUGAAAUAUACAACUUACAAGUAAUAGCUAGUCCGAGCAUUAAAGAGUUGUGCAAAGAAUGUCUUACUAAUGUUGGUUACAUUUGAAAUUUAUGAAUGUAUAAGAUUUAUGUGUUGGAGAAAAAGUACUGUGUAUUUUCAUGCUUAAA